UUUACAAUUUCCUAGGCAUUUCGUAGUAUACUUUUGCGAUAGCAGGUGAAAAUAUGCCAAGAUUUUCUGAAAAAAAAAAUGAAAUAAAUUGAAAGAUACUUCCGUACUUUUUCUGGAACCCAUUUUGGAAGGCCUUGGACUUCCUGUCGGUCUGCUUGGUUCCUCAAUCAAGUAAUGGACUUAACUAAAAAAACACCCAUGUGAUAUUAGGUCUCAAAAUUGCUCUUCCGUUCCCCUUUCCUUUGUGCACUCUUAAUCAAAUUGAAAUUGGUAAUGGCGUUCACCAUCAAAUUGGACUGGAUAAGGAGAAUCCUUAAUUCGUGCGUAUCCAGACAAAACCGACUAAUGCAUGAGCCUAACAAGCCUCGAAUCAGCAAUCAGGGACCCUUGAGGCGCCUGAUGCGACUGAUCAGGAACCACUCGGGAUCUGCCUCGGGAGGAUCCAUUCGCGGGGAGUAUCCUCGCAGGAUGGGAAGGAGUAAGCCGAGGCCAGAGAACAAGACACCUCCGUUCACCGGACGACCAACACCUUUCAGGGUCAACACAUCCCCAGCCCAUGAGCUAAGGAUUCACCCCUUGGCCAGGACACAGGAAAAGAAGGUAAGAAAGCACAAUCCCCGGCAGUCCUUGGAGAAAUCUGCCUCGAUAAAAGCACACAGUGCGCAGAGAAGAGGGGAGCAACUGCCGAGGACUCUGCGCACCCAGGAGCCAGGUGCCAUCGCCAGAACCAGAUCGCCAAUACCGGAAAGGAAGAUCCAGAAGACGAGCCAAAGGGAGCAGGGAGCCAGCUUGAGCCAGGGAAACGCACUCAGGGAUCGCAGGAUGCCCUCGCAGGAGGCGAUCGAUUCGAUGAGGACCAGGAACAUGGAGCGGAUAGUGCGCGGAUCGCAGGCCAGGAUGUUGAACGAGCGGGUGAAGGAGCUCUUCGAGAAACAGCCGGAAAAGGAUUGCCUCGUUUCGCAUCCGAAAACUGAAGUGAAACGGAGCAAUGAGGAGGACACGGCUAUGGUGGAACUGCUUCGGAUGGCCAUUUCCCUGGGUCACUUGAAACUCGAUAAGGACUCUGGGGUGAAGGACUUGCGAGUCUCCAGGCUGCUGACCAAGCUGGACUGCAGUGGCCUGCGUCCCUGCCACAGCUCCAUGGACUCCCUUGCCACGGAUCACAUCAGUGACUCGCUGCGAUCCUCCCACGCUUACCACAUGCGCAUUCGCAGUGCCAAGAUCCAGACUCCCGGGGAAUUGCGAAAACCGAAGCCCAAGAGAACGUACUUCCAGGAAAUAACCGCGAAUCUCAUCAAGGACGAGCAGAGACGUCUGAAUACAUUGAGAGCCGAGAAAGUGCAGCUGAAGAUCAUACAGGAUGAGUUAAAAUCUGAGAACCUUGCCAGGACUUCAAGGGAAUUCAAAUGCAACUCUUCGAUUGUUGAUCCCAAAUCCUGUCUUACAAAAGUCCUUGCUAAGAAUGAGAUUCUGUCGGUUAUUCCGGGCAAUAAUUUCUCACUAGACGCCAUCGAAAAUCCAGAGCUUCAGCCGGAAACUUCAAAGUCCUUGCCAAAGAAACAGAGGAAUCCCUCCAAUAAAUGACCUUAGGAACUGCUGCCACAUUAAGUCGCAUACUUGCAAAUGUUAACUCAAAACAAAUAUCUUAUAUUGUAAAAAGGAGCCAGUGAAGCUAUUGUAAUUUUAUUAGGAAAUCAGAUUUUUAGGCUCCAAAAAUGUAAUAAAAUAGAUUCAAGCCAGUAAUGGCCUUAAAAAAUAAAUACAUUACAUAGAUAA